CCGCGCCUUGCAGAAACCCCCAUCCUUCGAUCCUGAAUUGCUUUUCACCUCCUUUCUCCUCUGCGAGUACACCGUCCAGGGACUGGAACAUGAUAUAGUGAGGAUCUGUAUGAAACGAUUGUGGCCUCUCAGGGGCUGAUCCGUAAGGUACCUUGUGCUUUGUGCCGUCUUAAGAGAGAAAAGUUCCCAUGGUCCAUACUACAAGCAAGUAGCUGGUUAGGAGGAGGAACCGAGGAAGAGAUUGAAGCAAGUAGCUAGAUAGGGAGGGAAGAGCAGGUACUAGGUAGAUAUCUGAACGAGCGACCUGUCUCGUCUUCCUUGCGAGCGAGCGAGAAUGCAGGAGCAGGGGGAGAGCUCGCGGCCUUCCAGCAGCGACAGGUCCUCAAGCUCCGGCCACCACAUGGACGCCAAAGAAGGGAUGGAGAGCGACGACGAGAUAGGCACGGUGCCGGAGCUGGGCCUGGGGCCAGGCGGCCCUUCCACGUCCGGCAGAAGGGACCCCGGCGGCUCCGAGCGCGCGCAGUCCUCCACGGCGCAAGGCAGCGCGCGCCGCCGGGGCCGCACCCCGGCCGACAAGGAGCACAAGCGACUCAAAAGGUUGCUGAGGAACCGGGUAUCAGCACAGCAGGCAAGGGAGAGGAAGAAAGCUUAUUUGGGUGAUCUAGAAGUGAAGGUGAAAGACCUAGAGAAGAAGAACUCGGAGCUGGAAGAGAGACACUCCACUCUUCAGAAUGAGAACCAGAUGCUCCGUCAGAUCCUGAAGAAUACCACUGUGAGCAGAAGAGGGCCGAGUGAGGGUCAAUAGCAUACAAGUGCCAGGGUUGAUUCGCGGAAUUUCACAGCAAACAAUUCAAUUCCCACAGGAGACAGGAUAAAUACCCGGAAUACACCAGGUCCCCAAAAGUUUAUUCAGGUUGAAACAUUUCUGGCCAAAGGAUAACCCAAAAAAGUGGGUCAAAAGCCUGUGUAGAUCUUCACAGAUAUCCCACCGUACUCUAUGAAUUUAGCACUAGUUGUGCAUUAAUAAUAGUUUCAGAAAAUAGUUGUGGGGUGAUUUAACAUAUGGUUUAUAUCAAUUUUAUGUAUGUACAAGUACAAUUCAAACAUUUUAUAGUUGGUCAAUGAACUCCCUAGUGGAAAUGAGCACAUCUGGUGCUGGCGUUGCAGCCC